AUGUAUUUUGCAAACAACCACAACCACCUGCAGGGAUUUCUUGAUUUACGAUUGACACCAUGGUUAAGGAACUUCCUAACUCGAAGCUUAGCCAUAGUCCCUAGUUUAAUUGUUGCAAUCAUUGGGGGCUCUGCCGGGGCUGGAAAGCUGAUCAUUAUUGCAUCGAUGAUUCUAUCUUUUGAGCUCCCUUUUGCUCUCAUUCCACUUCUCAAGUUCACAAGUAGCAAAACCAAGAUGGGGAUAUAUGCCAACUCAACUACGAUUUCAUGUAUUACUUGGGUCAUUGGUUUUCUCAUGAUGGCAAUAAAUAUAUACUACCUUGCAUCUAGCUUCAUCAAGAUUAUUGUUCAUGGCCAUCUAAAGCUUGUAGCUGCCAUCUUUCUUGGAAUGUUUGGAUUUUUGGGCAUGGCAGUGUAUUUGGCUGGGGUUGUAUACUUGGUGUUUCGUAGAAACAAGGAGGCUACACAUCUUGUAGCACUGACAUCUGAAAACCCACGAAUCGCCAACGAGUCUGGUAAUUCAGGAGUGUACAGUCUCCCUAGAGAAGACAUAGCAUGCAUGCAGUUGCCUCAGAGGAGGAGUAAUGCAAAUGAUUUGUAAAUCAUAGGGCAAGUGAUAUCUCAAGGUCACUAACUUCUAGUGAUUGAAAUAACAGUAGAGACGAGGUUAUAAUCUAUUUCCUUUUCUAAUCCACAAUUUGCUUCUGUCUUAGCGUUGUUAUGUGAUGACAGAACAUCUUUGUGGACCAAACAGCUAUGCUGAAUAAACCCUGAGCUUGAGAUAUUCAGAGAGCAUGUCACUGCGCAUUUCUUU